UUAUAGAGAGAGAAAGAGUCCAUGUGAGCGCACACAUGUGCCACCAAAUACUGCUGCCACAGUGGGACGAACAUCACGAGAGUUUGAACAUUCUCCUGUCAGGAAGAGGAGGAGCAGAGCAGAAGUGUGAAACAGAUCAACUUCAGGUGGAGAGCAGCUUGUAAACCGUCAUGGCUCCCAGCUUGUCACAGGCCUACAGGAGGAGGUGGUGGAUGGCCAUCACAGCCAUCAUAGAGAACCUGCUGUUCUCUGCUGUGCUGCUGGGCUGGGCCUCGCUGCUCAUCAUGCUAAAGAAGGAAGGCUUCUAUUCUCACCUUUGCCCUGGAAACGAGACUGCUGACACCAACGUGACUUUCAUGCAGAGCAGCGAUUGGAAGAGUUGUGUGGAACAAGACGAAAUACUGAAUCUCGGUUUCACCAUCGGAUCCUUCCUCUUGAGCGCAGCCACAUUACCCCUGGGGAUCUUGAUGGACAAAUAUGGGCCACGACCCCUGAGACUCAUUGGCAGUUCAUGUUUCACAGCCUCCUGUGCCAUAAUAGCUGCUGCUGCCUACAACCCUGAAGUCCUGUCUGGCCUCAUCUUCUUGGCUGUCUCCUUGAAUGGUUUUGGAGGAAUCUGCCUGACCUUCACUUCACUCACACUGCCGAACAUGUUUGGGAACUUUCGAUCAACCAUCCUCUCCCUGAUGAUUGGCUCCUAUGCUUCUUCAGCUGUCACCUUCCCUGGUGUCAAGGUAAUAUAUGACCUUGGCGUCUCUUUCCGGGUCAUCAUGUGGGUCUGGACUGGAAUGGCCUGCACUGUGAUCCUAAACUGCUUCCUGAACUGGCCCAUUGAAUCUUUCCCUGCACCCGAAGACAUCAGAUACAUUAAAAGGGUGAAGAUAAGUGGGGUUGUAACAGAGGACAGCCUGACUGGGGACAGGAAUAUCACCCACAUGACUGCAAUGGAAGACACAGUGGGAUCCAAACAGACAGUACCUGAGCACACAGACCCCCACAGCACAGCCCAAGCUUCUGUGCCGCUCUGUAAUUCUGUGUGUUCUCCCAUAUUCCUGUGGAGUCUUAUUACCAUGGCGAUGACACAACUGAGGCUCAUCUUCUUCAUGGGUGCUAUGAAUAAGAUGAUGGAGUUCCUAGUCACCCAUGGCGACCCCAACCGCUCUGAAGAGCUACAGAAGGAGGCAGAAAAACAAGUUGGAUUUUACUCAUCUAUCUUCGGUACGAUGCAGCUGCUGUGUCUACUGACCUGUCCGUUGAUUGGCUACAUCAUGGACUGGAGGAUGAAGGACUGUGAAGAGGAAAGUCCAAACACCCAAACAGACAAUUGCCAACUGAAUGCCUCAAAGACAAACAGAAAGAUCCAGAAACUCACCAAUGCCAUGAGAGCUUUCAUCUUCACCAACCUCCUGUUGGUCACCUUUGGCAUUACAUCCCUCAUAGACAACUUGCCCUUACAGAUGGUGUCAUUCAUUCUGCACACAAUAGUAAGAGGAUUUGUUCACUCCUGCUGUGGAGGUCUCUAUGCUGCUGUAUAUCCAGCCAACCACUUUGGGACACUGACAGGUAUGCAGUCAAUGAUCAGUGCUGCAUUUGCCUUGCUUCAACAACCACUGUUCAUAUUGAUGGUGGGACCCCUCAGUGGAAAUCCUUACUGGAUCAAUCUGGGCCUUCUCAUCUUCUCCCUUGCUGGCUUCCUGUUGCCAGGCUACCUGUUCUAUCACCGGAGAAACCUGAUCAGGGCAAAGGCAGAACACGAUAGGACAGCUGCCGGCCAAUCGAAGACUGAAAAUAUUGCUCUAACCCAGUCAUUGGGUGGAACUGCUAAGACCCUAGCCAAUGGGGAUGCAGCUAAUGAACUCAUACCAAAUGGUGUUUAAGGUGAAUGAUUAACUUAGUAAAUAGUUUGCUCAUUUUUGAGGGCAUAAAUCAAACUUGAUUAUGAAAAUGAUAACACUCACAAACCAAAGAAAACAUAUUUUAAAAAAUAACAGCCUGUAUUGCUCCGUGAGUGAGAAUAGGAGUUGGCUGUGACGAACCGUGUGUUCAGAGGAGCUUCAAUCCCAUAUGACCCUGGAAAUAUGUGGGAAACAUCCUGUAUCCUUUCAUCCUGUUCACCACAUGCAGCAGUUUUAUUAGAACAUUUCCAGCUGUAGUUUAAACUGUGACUGUGGUCAGUGGGCUUGUGUUUACAGAGCAAUGCAAGUGUAGAAAUUAAAGCAAGCAUGCACAUGUAAUAUGCUUGUUACACAAGUUAUGAGCUUGUUUGGUUUGUUUAAAUAUACUAGUUGUUUAAAAUGGGUUUAAAGUCACUUAUUUGCUGGUAACUGAGGACAAUUAUGGACAAUAUUGUUAUGAUCCUGAGAAAAUCAUUUAUGUUAAUGGUAAUAUUAUGAGUUUAUUGUGGAAAAAUAACUGUUGAGUUGUAGUCAACAAACUUCAUUUUCAGAAUUAUAAACGUCUGAUCCUGCCACUGUGUAACUUGGUUUGACACAGUAAACUGCACCUGUCCAUUACAGAUCCUGUGACCAAUCACUUUAGAGCACCUGUUCCUCUGAGGUCCCGCCCUCCAAACUUUUAGUCGGGAUGAUUUGAGUGAGCAGAAUUUAGUUUCAACUUCCGAGAGCGUGAAUUUACUGCAGCAUUCGCAGGCAUGAUGGCGUCUUUGUGUGUGUGGCUGCUGACUCUCUGCACGCAGACUGCUGAACUUAUGCACAAAAAAUAUAAUUUCAUCGGUGUCAGUGAGUACCUGUGCCCAUGAAAGGAAAUUAUUUCCUGGUGAUUAAGGUUGGGUUCCCCCUCCCACGCAUGAUUUUUGACAUAAGUAUAACUCCACACUUUACUUCCUUUCGCUUUCCUUGAUAGCACUUUUCUGAUUGGAGUACACACAGGUGGGUGGUGCUUUCAUGCUCAGAGCCAAACAUGUGUGCUUGAGAUGAUUGAGAUGAUCAUAUUAGGGAUCUGCCCUCUCUGUGACAUCAUACAGGUUUGAGAGUAGAAAAAACUGUAGAAGAAAAGUGUUUAGAGCAUUCUGCAGUCCAAGCUUUUGGCUUACAGAGAUUACUUGUGCAUAUGCUGAGCCCAUUAUUUGAAACAUUAGCCAGGUUUAGCAUGAGCAUGCACAUUUCAUUGUCCCCUAAGGCUAGGAAGCUUUGGAGGAAGUCAGUACCACUGCAAAGAACAGGGUCUAAUUAAAUUCCAGAGAAAUUAUUUUUGAAGACAUAAAUAUCUGUGCUCUGGGCUUUAGUUAUAUUUAAAAUACAGACAUUUGAGGCUAUGGCUUGCAUCACUUAAGGUUAGUCAUGGCCGAAGUACUUCUGUGCUAACAUUACAUGCUGGAAACAAUUAUGAUUUACAAAAUGUCACAUGCCAGAUGACUAAUCUGGUGAAUCUUUACUGUAACAUCUAAAUGGACAAGCUCUUCACACAAAGCCAACCCUCGCCCUGUGCCGACGCACAGGGCUAACCUGGUGAGUCCCCAAGUGCUAAGACCUUGGGGACUCACCAGGUGCUAAGACCUUGGGGACUUGGCAGUUCCUUUGUUCCAUCAGCUUGGAGAACUUCCUUCGGUUCUUCUAUGCAUUUGUUAGUGUCUUAUUUUUAUGAAGACAGAAUUCAUGAAAAUAACUUUCAUGCUGUUAGAAGAUCAUCUUCAGCAUAAUUAAGUCAUUUUUUAUAGACAAGUUUUUGCUUGAAGUGGAGAAAUAGUUCUCUUAGCUGAUGUUUCCUGAAUGAAUCGAGGACUGAUCAGUCGGCACUUCCUUAUGUUGAAGUAGCUACUGCUGGCUCUAACAUAAAAGCAGCAGGAGUAAGUAAUGUGCAUGAAUCACUGACAAUUAUCCCACGGUGGGUAUAAAAGUAAUAGCUUGUCACUGACAGCCAGGUUGCAGCUUGUAACUAGGAUGGCUUCAUCUUACCUUUUAAACAUGAGUGAAGUUUAUGUUCUUUACUUUAAGCACACACAGGUUUGGAAAUGUGUGAAACCUGAAUAUUUUUGUUUCAGCAUGUUCACUUCAUGAAAUCCUAGUACCAAGGACCAAGUCUAACUGUAAUGUCGGUUUGGUUAACUGAAGCAGGUACGGGGAUUUGCUUUCCCCUUGUUUCCUCAUCGUAGUUCAUAUUCGACGUAGGUUAGGUUAAGAUGUUACACUUGCCGUUGGGUUUAUUUGCUGUUUUUAUUCUAUGACAGAUAAAUUCUUAAUGACCGCCAGUUCUCCUAAUUUCAGGAUGCGCGCACACACAGAGAAAUAAAUGCUGCCUAAUCCUUAAAUGCGGACAGAUUGCUAACACGUUGCCAUUAGUGAAUAAGUCUUUGUCAAUGAGCACAACUCCAAGGGACUCGACUGGCUGCCAGUUUGUUGUAUAUUUCUGUGGAACAUGAAGGCUGUUGAGUGCAAAUGUAAUAACUGAAUGUGAACUUCCAUCCAUGUAAACAGCAGCAGGUGUGUGAUCUUCAACAAUUUACCACGGUUAAUUGCUCUAUUAUCAUAAACUGUUAUUGUAAUACUCAGCAUGCCACAAAAACUUAUCCUAACUAUAUCCUGAGAAUAAUUUUCAACCCAGUUGGUAUUAUGAUUUCCUGCUGCAAAGAUAAAGGUUGUGGGGAGAAAUAAACUGUUAACUGUUGUACCUUG